CUGUUAUUUGCCUAUAACGUAGGACAUUUAUACCUCCUGGCCCAGAAGCAGAGAUUGGAGACUGCUGUCUUGCUAUCUGAAGUCAGAUGUCAGAAUUGAGAUCAGCGCAAGGGAAAACGAGUAUAAGGGAGGGCACGCCAGGCAUCCCAGAGGCAGAAAGCGAAGACGACCUGGACCACGCGAGCGAGCUACACAGCAUGGAGCCACUACAGAUGUUUGAGAACCUGACAGAGGACUAUAUGACCUCCGGCUCAGGCUCUGCUCAGCACUCUGCCCAAAUGCCUGCCCCAGUGAUGGAUUUUGGCUGUUCAACCUGCAAGAGCCUCGACAGCCUUGCUUUCAAAAUAGAUAACCUCUCUCUUAAGAUCGAGACCUUGCUACAUGAGUUGAUUCGGAACUCGAGGUUGGAGCGUCGUCUUGAUCGGCUGGAUAGGGACCAGGAGAGAGAUGGCCGGUUAGAGACAGUCAAGAAAGACAUUACGCGGAUUUCCGAAAUUUCGGGUAAGAUCCUGGAGUCUACAAAUACUCUAGCAGCCGACUUGAAGAGUUUCUCUAUGGACGUCACGCAAACGUUUCAGGGGCGCGAUACAAUCUAGAUUAGUUAUGUAAU